AUGCCGAGGAAGAAAAGUCAAGCCAAGAAAGUUGGAGUAACCGACGGGUUGGUGAACCUACUCUCCGACCCCUGCGUAAUCAACGUCGGAUCAUCAGUAGGCAAUCUUACCUCCAGGACAUCUGCUAUUGGCGCACUUCCACGAACAAUAACACCGAACAUUCACAAAAUUGGACGAGAUACUCGAGCUACCACCAAUAAAUAUACGACGUCAAAAGCACCCCUUAAAUGGACGUUGAGAAGGAGAUCGGAGGGAACCGAGACAGUAGAAGCAAAAGAACUGGAAAGCAUCCAGCUGACCAAGAGGUAUACUCCGAAACCUGCAAGCUUCGAAAGCUUAAGGAUCAUGGAUUGGUCUCGAAUCAGCCAAUGUUGGGAUCACAAUUCCGAAGAAUGCUGGUAUCACAAACAGAUCAACUGUACCAAUUAUCGCAAAACAACCCACUUCGCUAAUCCGAUACGAUACCCCCGGGCACUCGGACGAGGACUUGAAAUAGGUUCAUGUAAGGAUUGCAAGAAGGAUGGAUGUCCUUGUUCGGUCUCAAGCGAGAAUGAUAGAUUCUAUGGUCUAUCUUACAGCUUGGACAAUCCCCCUGUCAUUCAUCGAAUUGAUACCUCCCAAGGAAAGUUAGUAGAAGGCAAAGUCGAUAUGAGGGUAUUGUUAGAAGAUAGCAAUGGAGACGAAGGGAAAGACAAAAAGGAAAACAGAGAAGAAGGAGGAAGAUCCGUCACUCCUCGAGUGGCUAAUACCACCUUGAAACAUGGAUCGAAACGACAAAGACCUUUGGAUUCAGACUCGGAUCCAGAGGAAAGUAACCGAUCUCACGCUGGCGGCUCAAGGAGUGGUCAAUUGAACCGUGUGAGACGUCGCAUCAUCGUUUCACCGAAAGACAAUUCCGAAAUAAUCAUUCAUUCAGGCAACCACCACGAUGAUCAGGAUCCCAGUUCGACUUUACGAAGCUCGGCCUCCUUGAUCAGCGAUUGUGCUCUUCCAUUACAUCCACUGCGCAGGAUGAUCGCCCUGACAUGCCAUCGUCGACCUCUACAAAUCCUUCUACCUCCACCAGGACUCUUGCCGGUGACGAGCCAAACCGCUCGAACUUUGCAUCAGUUGAUGUACACCCCAAUACGACAUCACGUUCCUACUGCAGCCCAGUUACAGGUAACUCGACUGAAAAACAAACUUAGAGAUCAGGGCGAGCGACUUGACAAGAUGAUGAAAGACAAUGAGGUUAUCAUGGCCAAAUUAGGCCAGGUGUUUAUGGAAAGAGAUGAAGCGGUUAGAGAAAGGAACGAGUUGGCUAAAGAAGUAGAUAGAUUGAGAGAAAUCUUAGGGGAUACAAAGGGGUAG